UUAGUUCACGAUUCACGAGUCUCUCGCCUCGCUCUCGCAUCCCUCACUCACAGAACUCACCACAGAAAUCGACUCUCGUUCUCGCCUCGCUCUCGAGUCUCGACUAUCGCCUGCUCACUGCCGUCGCCCGUCUGCCUCUCUCUUGUGAGUUGUGACUUGUGAGCCUAGGUACGGGAAAAGAGGUAGAGGAAAGUAAUUUGCUGCAGAAACUUUCAGAAGCUUGCAUUGUUGAUUUCUCUUAGAUUGACUCUUCAACUGCACAAGCAAUUGUUCCUACAUGUAUCAUCAUAGAGUUCCUUCGAAUUUGAAAAAUUGCAUAUCACAUUGACAAGGUUGAGGACAUGGAUGCUCAAGUUCAAACAAUUGAGGCGCGAUUGCAAUCUUUCCUUGGUCAACUCCAAUCGGAAUUAGGCGUGCUUGAUAGAAUUGUCCACAAAAAUAAGAACCAACAUCGCAGAAGCUCAUAUUUUCAGUACUUAUUGAAGGUGAGGAGAGACUCUAAGCUUCUUCAGUCAAUUAAUUUAGAGGAAAUUGUUAACUCCUCUUUUCUUGUCAUCAAUGGGAAUCGACCUAAGCAAAAGGUGCAACUCUUGGAAAGUUUGAAGAGAAGAAAAUGUGAUGGUGGCAAACAUAAUUUUCUGGCGCGACUUGAGGGUGCCGCACGUCUACUUUCACAGAUGGUUGAGCCAAUGCUGAAGGCAGCUAUAGAGAUAUCUACUUUGCUUGCUAGAUCCUUUUUUAUGGGAUUUUCCAUGACUGUCUUGGCUCUGCUUUCACGUCUUCGAGUUUUGACUCAGCAAAUAUUACUCGAUGUUGUCUCAGUAUUCAACAUGGUCUCUACACUCUCUCAUAAGCAGCAGUCCAUCAAACUAAACCAACAAGGAAUUGAGGUCUUUAGAGAAUAUUACCCAACAAAUGAACAAGCUGUGUUUCUGGAGUGUGUAUGGGAAACUGAUAAGUUCGUUUUAUUGGAAAGGAAGAGUGAACCAGAGAUAAUAAAGGAUGAUGUCAUAUUUCAAGGUUCAUCUACAGUACAGUAUCAAACUGUUGAAACUAUUCUUGGAGAAAAUAAAUCGGUGGAUAGAAUAGUGGACAAGACUUCUGAAGAAGACAAGACGGGCAAUCUUUCUUCAAUGGACGGUGUUACCAACGAUUGCAAACAAGUUGAUCAAAGUGAUGCAAAAGAUGAUUGGGGGGAGAACCUAGAACAUGAACAGACUAUGAAUUCUAGUUUGAUAGUUCAUCCAAAUGAUCCUUGUAAACCUGAAUUAAAGAAAAAAGUGGCAUUCAUAACUGUGAAGACACCAAUACCUUCAAAAGGUAAUGACACAGGGCUGCCAAUAAAGCAAAUAGAUACUGAGAAAGAAGAUCCAUUCUUUAGUUUGCUGACUGGGGGGAGCCAGAAGGAUAGUAUUUUCUGACAAAUUGGUGAGAUUUUUGUUUGAAGUAGUUGAAAUUUAGUAAAUAUUUCACUUCAAAAACUUAAAAUUAUCAAAAACUUAAUAUACAGUUUCAUUUUACCCUCGAGUCCAUGUUAUAUCAUACAACGAUUUGUUUUAUUCUAAUUAUGUUUGGGAAUUAGAUAGUCGCGUUUAGAAUUCUGUUUGGGUAAAUGUUAUGUAUUUCUUGAUUAGAGUUUGUUUUAAUUUGAAGGAGUUAUGAAUGGUCUACUAUUUUGUAAA